AUGUGGGUUCAAAAGUGUCUAAGCUGACCACCAGACCCGCACUUCAACGAUGCUGACGCUGUUCGUUCCCUUCAACCAGAGCUUCACCCGCAACGGCAAUGGCUACUCGCACCCGUGAGUGAUCGAGCCGCGCAUCGUCCUGGCGGCACGGCGUAAGGAUCCUCCGCGCUCUCAAGAGACUUGCCGUAUCCGAUUCCAUCAUCGACAUCUACAAGUCGAGAUCGAUCGACCGAUUGGACAUUCGCCUGACGCAAUCUGCGACCUAUUUCCCGCUUCUCGUCCUUUCCCUCUUGUCCAGUGCCACGACCACUUACACUGCCUAUUCGCGUCCCCUUGCGACCAACAGCAACUCCAACCCCAACAUCAUCUACGAUGAUCAGGGUAACCGCUGUAAGUCUGCUCCUUCGUCGUUCCGCAUCCCAACGAGCGUUAGAGGUAGAGACUGAGUGAGCUGUGCUCUCCUCGUGCUCACCAAAGACCACCGCGACGGAGCUCUGUCUAUGGCUGCUACGUACUGGCCCGCUACUAUCGGAGCAGGAUCCGUCCUCGUCGCCGUCGUGCUGCUCUAA